AUGAUCAAGGUAAACUCGUUAAGAAGGCCCAUGGAUGGCUUUUCUCUCGAAUGAACUGAAAUUGCCGAAAAAACAGUGUAAAGUUCGAGACUUUCCAUUUCGCGAAUGAUUUUCUCUUCCGCCUUCUGGCCGUUUCAAGCCGCCGCCCCUUUCUACAACGGCAACCUAUAAAAGAGACAGAAAACGAGGAAAAUUCACUGACCAGGACCGGCCGGCGUUCUGCAGUCAAGGUAACUUCCUCGUUAAGUUCGCCGCAAUUUUUAGAACAACUUCCAGUUUUUCAAAACAUUUUUUUCAAAUAGUUUUCUUUUCCAAUUUCAAAACGGCACCUUUCCAGAUGACCAACGAUGAUUCAAAAGAAGUUGCCUACGAGACGGAGAGUCUGAGGAAAUUAGCGUUCUUCGGUCAGUUUGAAAUCAGAUCGAGCUUUUAUUUCAAGUGAAUUGUUCAGGAAUCGCAGUUUCGACGAUUGCGACGUUGACCGCCAUCGUGGCUGUUCCUAUGUUGUACAACUACAUGCAGCAUGUUCAGUCGUCUCUCCAAUCCGAGGUUUUUUUUUUUUAAUUUUCAAUAGGUUCCAAAGACACACAAGACAUACAAUUAAUCAAAAAUUUCAGGUUGAGUUCUGCAGACAUCGAUCCAACGGACUCUGGGACGAAUACAAUCGCGUGAGUUGCACGCUACUACAAGAUUUUGGCAAAUGAAGAGUUUCAGUUCCAAGACGUCGCUGGAGUAGAAGGCCGAAUCAAGCGAUCAACCUACCAACGACACGCUGGAGUCGUCGGACAACAUGCGGCCCGCCCAGUUGCCCGCAGACAAGCUGAAGGAAGCUGCUGCUCGUGCGGCGUCGGAUCUGCUGGACCUCCUGGCGCUCCCGGUCAGGACGGAAACCCAGGAAACGACGGUCAGCCAGGUGCUCCCGGCGCUCCAGGACCCGACUCUGGAGACAGCAACUCUAACAACGCUCCAGAAUUCUGCUUCGACUGCCCACCUGGUAAAAAUUUUGAUAUCUUGACAUCUAAAAACGUCUAACAUUACCUCAUAUUGAUAUUUUGCAGGACCAGCCGGACCAGCUGGUCGUCCUGGUCCAAAAGGAUCUCCAGGAUCACCAGGCGCUCCAGGAUCUGGAGGAGGUUAUGCUCGCCCAGGACCACCAGGACCAGCCGGACCACCAGGAGCUCCCGGAGCACCAGGACAGUCCGGAGCUCCAGGACAGCCCGGAGCACCAGGACAAAUCCGCGACGUUCCCGGCACUCCAGGUCCAGCUGGACCCCCUGGACAGCCUGGCCCAGCUGGAGCUCCAGGACAGCCAGGAGCUCCAGGCUUCUCACGCCCAGGAGCGCCAGGACCAGCCGGAGACGCCGGAGCGCCAGGAGCGCCUGGACAGCCCGGAGCACCAGGUCAGCCAGGAGACGACGGAGAUUCCGGAAACUCUGGCAGCUGCGACCACUGCCCACCACCACGCACUGCCCCUGGAUAUUAA